UUUAACUUUAUUCAUUAAACACUUUUAAUUUACCUUUAAAUUAUUCAUUUGUCUUAUACUUUUUACCACUUUCUCUCUCUAACUUUUGUUUAUAAUUGUAUUUUUCACUUUUUUCACCUUAAAUUUAUCCAUUUGCCUUGUACUUCUGUCUAACUUUUAUCCACUUUAAUAUAUUUCAUCCACUUUCUCCUCCAAUUUCUUAAAUUCGAUUGAGAAGGAGAGAGUACUAUAAAUAAAUUCGAUUGGCCCAAAAAGAGAAAAGGAAGAUUUGUCUAAUGUCUAUCGACUUUUCACAAGGACAUAUAUGUAACUUAAUCCAAUUCAAAACAUAGAAGUACCUACCAAAAGCCCGCCCAUGAAAAUCCCUCUGUCAUUUCAAUUCAAAAACACUCACUGCAUUCCAACAACAAAAAUAUUGACCAAAAAAUUUAAAGGGAGAAAAAAUGGAGAAGAUUUGUGUUGCAGUAAGAGUGAGACCUCCAGUAACCCAAGAAUCCUUUGAUGGAACCUUCUGGAAUGUUGACGAUAAUCGUAUUUCUCUUCACAAGUCUUCCGGCACCCCCAUUUCCGGCGUCGCCUUUACCUUCGAUCAUGUUUUUGAUCAAUCUCGCCCAAAUUCUAGGGUUUAUGAGCUUCUUACUAAGGAUAUUAUUAAUGCCGCCGUUGAAGGUUUUAACGGCACUGUUUUUGCAUACGGGCAAACUAGUAGUGGAAAGACUUUCACUAUGAAUGGUUCCGAAAACGAUCCCGGGAUCAUUCACCGGGCUGUCAAAGAUGUUUUUCACAUGAUAACAAAGCAUGAUGAGAGGGAGUUUUUGAUUCGUGUGUCAUACAUGGAAAUUUAUAAUGAAGAAAUCAAUGAUCUUUUGAUGGUAAAUAACCAGAAGCUGCAGAUCCAUGAAAGUUUGGAGCGUGGCGUUUUCGUUGCUGGCCUUAGAGAAGAAAUUGUGAGCGAUGCUGAGCAAGUGCACAAGCUUCUUGAAGCAGGAGAAGUCAAUAGACAUUUUGGUGAAACAAAUAUGAACGCACGAAGUAGCAGGUCACACACAAUCUUUAGAAUGGUCAUAGAAAGUAAGACUAAGGAGAUGGACGGUUCUAGUUCAGAUGCUAUCCGUGUUUCUGCUUUGAAUUUGGUGGAUCUGGCGGGAUCUGAGAGAAUUGCAAAAACUGGUGCUGAUGGAGUUAGAUUAAAGGAAGGAAAACACAUUAACAAGAGCCUGAUGGUUCUUGGCAAUGUCAUCAACAAGCUAAGUGAAGGAGCUAAGCAAAGGGGACAUAUUCCUUAUCGUGACAGUAAGCUGACUCGCAUACUCCAAUUUUCACUUGGUGGCAAUGCUAAAACUUCAAUUAUCUGCACAGUAGCACCUGAAGAGGUUCAUGUUGAAGAAACUAGGGGCACUCUUCAGUUUGCUAACAGAGCUAAACGUGUUACUAAUUGUGCUCAAGUGAAUGAGAUCUUGACUGAUGCGGCCUUGUUGAAGCGUCAAACUUUGGAAAUAGAGGAACUACGCCAAAAACUUCAGGGAUCUCAAGCUGUAGUUAUGGAACAAGAAAUCUUGAAAUUGCGGAAUGACUUGCUUAAGUAUGAACAAGAGCAUGAAAAGCUUGCCAUGGAGCUUGAAGAGGAGAGAAAACUUCAAAGACAAAGGGAUUUGCACAUCAAAGAGCAACAAAUUAAAAUUAACACCCUCAGUAAUAUGGUGAACUUUUCAGACAGUGAGCGAAAAAGCAAUACUCAGCACCAAGGUUUCUCAGGUCAAGGGAUGGGGGAGAGGAGCAUUAAUAGCCAGCAUAUGCGGCAAGAAGAAGCUUUCAGCACCCCCGGCUUUAAAGAAGCUCCCAAAUCUUUUGUUGUUCGACGUUCAAAUUAUGCAACAGUAUCUGAUUCUGAUUCUAGCCCCCUUCCUGAUGCAUUCAAUGAUGUGGCAGACGAAGAUGCAUGGAUGAAGAUGAAUAAAGGAUAUGUAGCUGACCUUGAUUCAAUUUGUAUGACUCCCGCAAUUAAAGUUCGGUCCCUGUCAUCUGAUGGCAUUAGUCCUGCUUUCUCAAAAGGUCAUUACGAGCAAGAGAUUCAGAACCUCAAAAGGCAAAUGGAACUUACUACUAAAGAGAGAGACGAACUUGAGAAAAAUCACAGAGAUCAGGUCUUGUUGAACAAUAAUUUAACCAAAGAGAUCAUGGAACUUCGGAAGGAGGCCAAAUUGACAAGAGAAAUUCCUCAAAUGCUGUCUGACUCUGUGACAACUUGUAAAGACAUAUAUAAGGAUGUCUUAUCUGUUAUGCAGCGUUCUGUUGAUGAUGAAAAAUCUUUUGCAAAUAUCUUGCUAACCAGCAUGACUGAGAUUGGCUCAAAUCUUUUUUCAACAUUGGAAACUCACUGCAGAAUGGCUGUAGAUGGUCAUCAAACUUUCAGCACGGAUACCUCUAUACUGCAAGAGCAGUGUAAAAUUCUUUGUGAUAGAUUGAACAAUUCUGUUGCAUUGUUGGCAUCAUCAGAUGCACAAACUACAAUGGAGAAAGAAUCGACAACCAGACAAUGCGGCUCUGAUUAUAAGGGUGUUGAGUUCGGGGAAGAUUUUGCUUGUUGGAAGGAGAAAUUGAACAAUGAAAUCAGCGCAUUCAGAGACAAAUACAUAACAAAUUCAAGGUACCUUGAGCUUGAAAAGGAUCAUGAACAAUCUAAACAGGUUCUGGAAGAGUCAAAUUCAAGGUACCUUGAGCUUGAGAGAGAAUUACAGGUUCUGCAGCAAGAUAGGGAAACCUUACUUGAUAAAGUAUUUAAAUCCAGUCAAAAUCUAAGGUUAGUAUCAGAAGAAAGAGAUGUGUUGUUGGAGAGAUACAAGUCUGAGGUACAAAAGAGAAAGAAUCUCAAACAAGGGAUCGAACAGUUUAGAUUGGCAUUUGUCUCUCGCCAAAGAUCAAUGGCAUCCUUUCACAGUGAUUGUAAAUCUAGGCUUGAGGAUCACAAGUCCCAGAAUCCAGUUGUGGAAGUCAGCUCUUUUGGGUUUUAGAAUUAUUAGUAUCUGCCCCAUAUUUGACUGUCACGAGCUUGCAUAUUUCGACAAUUGAUGGACUUAGUUUAUAAAACCUGCAGCCAUUCUACGUUAAUCUGUCAUGAAUAUUAUUGCGAGAUUUGAUAGAAUUGUCAGCUGUGUAAAUUAUAAGUUGUGUGUCUCCUUGGGUGUAUUAAGACUAGGCUCAAUGAAAAUUUUGAGCUUUGAUGUAAGGUUUCGGCUCCUUCAAUUUCUAUUAGUUACCAGUUCCCUUGCAUUUUAUCACGUAGUUAGUGCAUGCCUUAUUUCUAAGUUAGCCUGCUUUAGAAUUCAGAUGAGAUUUCUCUGACAUGAUGAGAAGCCCUUGUUGUUGCUGGCGAAACCAAAUUGAUCCUUAAUUGGGAAGAUUACAAAAUACAAAUGUGAUAACAAUCAUUCAAAAAUUGACUUUGGUGGAUUUUUCAUUCCCAUUUGAAAGAUAAAAGUCAAAAGAGAUAACAAAAACAAAAAAAAAAAAAAAAAA